AGUUGUCACAAGCUUGCGGUACGGCACAUGUUCUUAUUACAAGAAGCCUCGCAAAUUGAUAGCUACAGUACUAUCCGAUUGGAGUCGAUUGAUCAUUCAUUUUAAAAUUCAAACCAUCUACUAGCUAGCUAGCUAGUAAUACCGGUACCUAUAAAGAUGAGCGCGGUGAUCCCCAAAGUCUCCGAGUUUCGCGGUUCGUACGGAGGCGGCGACAGUGAGAAAGUGUACGAGUCUGGGCUAGAUGCGAGUGCGGGACGCAUGGCCAAGCUUCGAGCCAAGAAGAAGGCGCUUCGAGAAAGCAAGAAAAGAGGGUCUUCCACCAACACGGCGCCUUCACCCGAAGAGGUAGUCCAACGAGAGGAGCUUGAGCAGGAAGAACCUGUGGUGGAUCAUGCCAGGAGAUCAGAGGACGAGGAUGAC